AUGGGAUUGAAAAACCAUAUGAAUCUGGAUCUGAGUCGGAAUCUGAAUCUGAAUGUGAAUGUUUUGAAGAAGAAGAGAAAUUUAAAAAAGGUAAAGAUGGUGGUAUCAAAGGUGGAUAUGCAAGAGGAGAUGGUAAAGAUGGAAAUGCGAGCAAUCGCAAAAGCAAAGGUGGGAAGUUUUAAUUUAGUAUCACAAGGAAGUGAUAAACAGCAAGAUGAAUUGACAAUUGCAAAAUUGAAAGAAAAUAAAGUUGUAAAAGAAAAUGAACUUUUUGGAAUGAAUGAUGAGAUUGAAGAGUUGGAAAAGCGUGCAGGGAAGUUUUGGAAAUGGAAAGGUGGGUCUAAAAAUAAAGAAUAUUCUGGUUUUAAAGAAGAAGAUUAUAUUGAAGAAGACAAAGUUUCUAAAAAGAAGGUGAUAAAGGACAAGUUGAUUGGUAAAUUUAAAAAACAGGGGGAUAACGAGUUUGGUUUGUCGGCUGAUGAUGACCCUGAUGACAGGGAUUUGGUGGAUGAGUUGUUGCUCAGGGUGUUUAAUCUGUUAAAGGGUUCGGGGUUCAUUAACGAUAUUAUUAGGAUGUCUUUGACUGAUCCACGUGUGAGACUGGGAAUGAUUGAUAUGACUAUACGAUUAUUGAAUGCAGAAGUGAUUCCAUGGGAUGAUAUUUUUAUUGCUUUGAAACGGCAUGGUUUGGCUAUUGAUGUGAUUAAGUUUACUUUUACUGAUGCUCAAACAAGAGUUGGAUUGGCUGCAUUUGUUAUUGAAUUGUUGCCUGCUUUGGUGACUUCUGGGGCUCUUGACCUAAGACAGAUUCUUGAAACAGUUCCAAGACUUCAAGAGGAGCUGAUUAAAAUGUACAAUGGUGGUAAUCGGACACAUAACUCAACCGACCCGGCUGACAGUGGAAACAGAAAUCAUGGAUUUGAAGAUAGUGUUGGUAGUAUAAUUGAUAGUGAAAAUCAAGCUGAAAGUGGUAUCAAUGAACAUGUUAUCCCAAAAAAGAAUUCAUCGUCAAUAAACCCAAUUUCAAAGGAAACUCCUACUCCAGAUGUACCAAAAGUGACAAUUCCAAGUGAAAAGAAUAGCUCUGACAAUUACAAUGAUCAAGUGAAAAAUGAUGGGAAGGAAUCAAAGUCAUCGUUGAAUGAUAAAGAAAAAGAAAAACCAAUGAACUUACCUGAUGUCCCUUUAAUUGAUAAUCCAAAGAACUGGGAUGAUAAGACAUUGGAAGAAAAAGUGGAGGAAUAUAAAAAACUAAAGGAGCAGUAUGAUGAAGCAAGGAGGAAACUAGUGACUAAUGAAAAUCUGGAUUUGAUACGAGAUCAUACUUAUUUCAAUAACCCGGAAAAAUUGAAGAACAUUAAACCAUUGUUUCCCAAGACUGGAGUGAAGUAUACUAACAAUACUAGUAAUGGUACUGUUGGCAAUCAUGCUGCUCCUUAUCCAAGAGUGAGAAUAUUUUAUGAUGGUACUUUUGUUCCCAAUUACCCAGUUGAUUUUAAACCUCCUAUUGCUGGUGGUCCUCUGACUAAUUUUGAACCUAAUUCCAAUUCAAUUAAACCUAAUGCUGAACCUACUGUUGGUGUUGCAACAUAA